GGCUCGCCUGGGUGGUGCCAAACAUCAACUCGACCGACAACACAUCGCCAACCGAGCACUCCCACAUCAACUGCGACCGCCGUCAUGCCACCUCGACAACGCCGCAUAAUAUAGACUGCGUGCCCCUACGCCUGCAAAUCACGCUAUUAUGCCCUCUCCACCAUCCGACCUACCUCGACCGACUGCCAGCAAGCCGCCCCUCCCAUGACGCCAACACAUCCCCACGAGCAGUCCACUUUCCAUCUCCCAAGUCCCGCCGAUCGCCCACCACCUUCGACGGCAGCCGUGCUGGGUGCCGACGCCAUCCAGCGAUGGACAACAUCCCUCCCAAACCCACGGCGGCACCCGCUGCAGACGAGCCCCCAGACCAUCUCGCUGCCCACUCCUCCGGCCGGAAGCGCAGCGGUUCUGGCGGCAGCAUCCUCUCCAAGUUUCCCUUCAUGCGCACCUCCGACAGUCGUGCCAGUGCCCAGGAAGCCAAGCUUCAGCAACAGGGCCUGUCCCAGCAACAAGCGGAAUCGCCAAAGGACGCCGUCCAGGGCUCCAGAACCUCGCCCCGUGCCCUGGCAGCUGCCAUCUCCCAGCAACAACACAGCGGGCGUCGCAGAAAGGGCUCCUUGCGCAAGGUCGCACUACUUGGGCGUGGUGCUGCCCGCGACCGGCGCGAGAGGGAAGCAGAGGCUGCCACUGGCGUUGCCGCCGCAGCUGCUGUAGAAGGGGAUAGCCAGGCGCAAGCGCCGGCUGCUCAGAACGCCAUACCGAUUGAUGUACCUGGUCGUACAUCAGCGACUACCUCACCCGUCCAUGGUUUGGGCAUCACGGGUAUCCCCUCACCUUCCACAGUUUCCAGCAUCGCUGGCAGUGACGUCGUUCCAGCUGCCCAUGGCACGUCUUCAUGCCCGACAGCCCACCCUCAAGUACCUAGUCCAUCACGAUCUCCGACCUCCACCACAGACGACGACGACGUCCUCGUGAUGCCCAGCCGGGAUCAGUCUCCGGCCCACCUCUCAUCCACGUCACUCGCAUCCAUGUCCAAUGCAUUCUUCGCGAAACACUCGCGAACACCCUCUAUACAGCGACGCCGGUCGAACCGCACGGCAACCUCACCACUGUCCCUGCAAGGCCUGACCACGAGCCCUCUGCCACAGUCUGUCGAGGACCACGACUACAGUGAGACAGAGUGGUGGGGCUGGGUCAUCCUCAUUGUGACAUGGUUCGUCUUUGUCAUUGGCAUGGGCUCCUGCCUCAACAUAUGGAGCUGGGCCUGGGACGUCGGCACGACGCCCUAUGCCCCGCCAGAGCUCGAAGAUGACCCGACGCUGCCUAUCGUGGGCUACUACCCGGCGCUCAUGAUACUGACGACCAUCAUGGCCUGGGUCUGGGUCAUUGUGGCCUGGGUUGGCAUGAAGUACUUCAGGCACGCCAAGAUGACUGGCGAUUGACGACCUCUUUGUUUGCAUGCUUGGGCUCAUGGCACGAUAUCAAGAUGAUAUAACGCGGGGUCGAGGCUGAGGAGGAAUAGAUGAAGAGUAGUGUAUGUGUACAUGUAGCUUAGGAUACCCCUUGUUUGCGUUCUAUCUUGCAUUUCCAACUAGUGCCUGGCAUAUUGUGUGACUCUUCUCGGGAUCUGGGGAUUGCAGACAAUGAUUUGAUGACUUGCAAUGUCCAACUGGUUGCUCAAUGAUACUGGCCGAUGCCAGGCGACCGUCGAUCUAAAUUGGAUUUGGAAAUCACGUCACUUUCCUCACAAAAGGCGGCGCAUACAGCCACGCAUG